CUCACCGGAUUUGCGACUUCCCUCCCUAACGUAACAUUCAAAAUGGGGAAGAUGGUUCGAACUCCAUUCCAUUAAUAGCCGCGGCCGAUUCAAUCGCCCUAUUCAGCCUUAAUCACCGCCUUUAUGAAGGAAGAGGAAGAAGAUUAUCAUGAAACCAGCUUCGGCUCAUCUGCAUUCUCCAAGCGGCCGCCAUCCCUGGUCUCGCUCUCUCCUUUCACCCCGGCCCCUCGCCGCCUCUCCAGCUCCUUCUCCCAACCCAGCGAGCCCGUCAGGGUCAAAAGGCAGCUCGCAUGGGUAUCCCUUCAGGGACGCCUCGUCGGAGCCGAGGAAGCAAGUUCAGCUAGGGCAAUCGGCGGUGGACUGAGUCCGGAGGAAGCUCUGGCUUGGGACCUUUUCACUCCCAUUCAACGGGUUCUCGUCGUUGCUGUUAUUGCCGUGGCCACUGCUAAUUCGAAGAAAAAUAAACGCAUCUCUCUCCUUGAGAAGUCUGUUCAACUAAGGGAUGAGGUGCUUUCCAGAAUGCAGGAGAAGCUUGAUAAUUUAUGCGAGCAGGUCAAUUAUUUCAAGGAUCAACCUGAGCCUGCUGCUAAUAUUUGCUGGCUUUGUGAGCAACGCAAACAUUUGCCUAAACAUCUCUCCAUGCAGAAUGGUUCAGCUAGGAAGUUGUCAAUGGGCGAAGAAGAGGAGUUUUUAUCGAAUGAAGCAGAACCAGAGGAGCGCCGAAUGUCUGAUUUGUCAGACUUGGCUCCUAGCGUGGCUUCGUCUGCUGAUAUUCAGGUGAACACUGCAACAGCUCAUCAUGCUAUCUUUAACCUCCGGCGCAACUGUGAAGAUAAGGAUGCAACCAUAAAUAGGCUAUCUGCCUGUUUACAAUCAUCUGAAACUCUAGGUUCAAAGAGGAUCGCAGAGCUAGAAGAGAUCAUCUGUAAGAAGAAUAUGGUCAUUUCCAAACUGAAAAAGGAGAUUUCGAUUCUACACCAGAAAGUAUCCAACUUGACAAGAUUACAACCAGAAGGCUCUUUCUCUACAGUUCACAGCCCAAACAACAUGCAUCAUCCUGUUUUGACAGAUAAUAUAAUCUAUGAUAUGGAUAGCACGACUAGCCCUUCGUCUUCAGAUUCAGAUAACCCUCCAAGGAUCAGACCCCAAUCUGCUGCUACGUGUGUGGAGGCUACACCCGUUAAUAACAUAGAGAAAGCUAGAAGGAAACAAGAGCAGAAAUUGGUUCUGGAGAAGAAACCUGCUAUAGUGAAUGUGACAGAAAGGCAUCUUUGUUCCAGGCCAGUGAGCCCUUUGAGUGAAAUCUCUUUGAAUAAUUCCGGCAGUUCUGUUACCAGUUCAAAAUCAAAGCAAGCGUCUUCUAGAAUAGAACCUACAAGCAGGAGGAAACCCCCUGUGAGGUCCAAGCUUACCAGUCAUCAGAAGAGAUGGGUUUAGCAAGUACAUAAAAAAAGUGAAAUAGUGCUUGUGUAUUGUAUCUGGAAGUUAUUUAUCAGUUCGUCACUUUUGCCAAGAUCAUACAGACAUGCAUAUAUAUACCAGUGAUAAACGGGAUAUAUAACAACAUUUAACCGAACUGUAGGCCUUAAUUAACGGAUUAUAAUAGAGGGAUUCAGGAAAAUGUGCUGCACAGGAGAUGAGUGUUUUGUUUAGAACAAUAAAUGUAUAGAAUAGAACUUAUUGCACUGGCAUAUAUAUACAUGGAAUAAGUGCUGACCAA